CCUUCCACCACGGUUGCUGAAAAAAAGAACUCCUCUCGUAUCCCUAACCUUCUGAAGGCCACCACCACACCCGUCGCGCCGCCGCCCGGCUCCCCACCGUCGUCGUCGCUCCCUGUUUCAUCCGCCGCCGCUGCCCACCACAUCCACUCUAUGUUGCAUCCCACCGCUUCCACCGCCACCGUUAACCAUCUCUCGCCUUAGUCCUCUCUCUUGGACCAGCACGCUGCGGCGGAUGCUUCCGGCCGCGUGGUGGCGACGCGGCUGGUCGCCUAUAAGCUACAACAAUGGUUCCCUAUUGUACCCCUCCACUCAUCGGACCGCUGAGGCAUGGAUGUACCCGGUGAAGAUCGCGCUCCACGUAGCAAAUUCGGCCAUGUUGAGUGGUUGCUCGGCAAGGUAAUUUUCAUCUCUGAAGUUCUCUUAUGGACCGUGUAAUGGAUUUGUGGGUGCGCUAGAUGGAGUGCCACUGGAUUGCCAUGUUAGUGGGCAGAAUCUCCUCUCCGGCACACACGAACUUGGGUUUGGCAAGGAGCUGGGUCAAUACUACUAUCCUUUGGCUUUGCAAUGGUAAUUAGAUAGUUCUGUUUUUUCAAAUCAUGGUGCUUUAGUUAGUUUGUUAACAGGUAGAAGAGCAAUUGAUCAGAAGGCCCAUAAUCUUUUCAUGGAUCUAGAAGAAACCGAAAAGAUCCUCUCAUGUUGAAAAACAAAUCCACGUCUCUCUCAAAACCAAGUUGAGGCAUGGAUCCCGUGUAAUCAAGGAGCUUAUUGCGUCAAGAUUAUUUUAUUCCUCUGGAUCAGAUAGUGUUGCGCGCUCAAGGGAUUCAAUCUAGAAUCUUCUCACCUACACUAUGUUCCUCAGGUGAGUUUAUAACUAUGCUCCUCAGGUGAGUUUAUAAAUUAAGAAACAUGUUGUCUAAACAAACAUAAACAUGAAGGAGCCUAAUGUCAGUUGUCAACAUGCCGCUGUUUAAGCCACUCCUAAAUCAAUUUUCGUAUGGGCAAAACAUGCCAGGGACCCUAUAUGGCAAGAUUAAUAUCUUUUCUUGAUUUCUUUUGUUGCUGCUCUGCCACAAUCUCCUGUUUAAGGAAGUACCUUGCCAAGCUGGCAUGUCCUGGCCGUUGUAGGUAAGAGAAUUGACUUCUGAUGAACUUUCUUCUUCUUAUCCUCUUUCAGUUAGAUACUUAUAUUGUGAAACACUUGACAACGAAGCUCUCUGUCAACUAUUAGAGUAUUGACGGUUUCUGUCAUAAAUCUGAAUGUUUUUGCGGGCAAUUGGUUUGUAAAAGCAAUGGCACGUGACAACUACUAAAGCAUUGAGUGUCAUUGCUGUUGCACUUUCUAUAAGUAUGGGGAUUGAUUUUCUGUCAAUUCUGCGUUACAACUUACAACUGACAACUACUAAAUUUCAAUGCCCUUUUUGACAAUUUUAGGUUAAAUAGAAUGGCGUGUGAAAUAAUUGGUGCUAUCAACUAGGAGUAAUCAUGUCAUUGUUGGGUAAUGUAGCAGUUAUGCUCUGCAUUGAUAUUAAAUCAACACAAAGGAACUCUCACAUAUGUUUGCUUUGUCUCCAACUGGGAAAUAAUGUGUGCGUACAUACCCACUGGAAUGUUACCCGCGCUCUGUACUCGGCUCCGGUGAUACAGUCUAACAGCAAGACACACUUAUCUAACAAAGUGCUCACAACUUCCCAGCAAAUGCUGCUCAUUGAGUGCCUCCUCCAUUCAAUGAGGAAAAGUUGACUGCUUGAGAAAAAGAAGCUGUGAGUUCCCCACAUCUACUGAACAUCGUUUUGGUUACUUCAUUUCUCUUCCUGCAGUUUUUGCAUGGGCUGCAGAUGUGAUGCUUUGUAUGGGAACAAGACUGAUAUGAUUUGGGUUUGCUGCAUGUACAUUCGACUUAGUUGUACUCUGGAAUGUUUUAGAAAGUAAUUCGCAACAACGUGGAUGUCAGAUUUAUCAACUACUGUCACUCUUGGUUUUGAAGGAUUUGAUUAUGGGAGUUUUAGUAUGCCCUGACCAAGUACAAUAGAUGUAGACACCAUUGUCGCUUCCUUAUUUGUAUGUGAUUCAGAUAUUUUAAAACCUUAUCUGUACCAUUGAAUUAUGGUUUUUUUUUCUGUGGGGAGUACCAUUGAAUUAUGUUGUUAUGUAGGUUGCCCGAUAUGUUCAUCGAUGCUGUGGACAACGAUUUUCAUUAUCGUUUCCCAUAUGUAUCUAAUUAGGUUUGCAAUUACACUUUGUUUUAUUUAUCAUCUGUAUCUAGAAAAUCAGAUUGUGAAGCUUAUAAUUUAUUAGUUUUUCUGUGAUUUCCCUUUAUUUUGCUGAUAGUCCACUACUCAGGAUUAUAAGAGCCACCAUCUUUGUGAGCAUUUUUCCUUCAGGUGUUGCAAGGUGUUAGUAUGGUUCUACAGAGAAAGCUGCACAACAUGCCUAAUUUUGUACUUACCUUGCAGUUCUGUAGAUCUACUACAAUUAUAUGAUGUCCUCAAAUCAGACCUUUGCAAGCAUGACAAGAUAUCAGUAUAUAUAUGUAGCGCACCUUUGGUUCGAUCAUACAUUCAUAGUAGUUUGAUGUACUACGUUUUGGUUGGCAGAGAGGAUUCUGAUGGUGACGCAUGAUUCACUGUAUUUUGUUUUGUUUUCAGGCCGAUGAAAUUGCUGGACUAGAAAAAAAUCUGUGUGUAUAUAAGGCAGAUGAAAUUGUUGGACUGAAAAGAAAUCAGUGUGUAUAUAUGCAUAACGACAUGGAUGAUAAACGCAACGAUGGCAAAAACUUGGGUGAUACAGGCAAGGAUGACAAGGACAUGGGUCAUAGAGGCAACGAAGGCAAAGGCAUGGUUGAUAAGGACAAUGAUUUCGUAGCCAUGGACCCCAAAGGAAUGGAUGGUAUGUGCAUGGAUGAUAAGGAUAAUGAGGAUGCAUGCAAGGAUGGCAUAGACAUGGAUGAUGUACACAUGCAAGGUAAAGGAAUUGAUAAUAAAGUCAUGUCUGAUUCAGACCUGAAUGAGUGUAUGGAAUACUUAGAGAUUGUGAACACGUUCAGGACUGAGGAAGAAGCCUACAUGUUCUACGUAGGCUAUGCGAGAAAAAAGGAUUUGGUGUUAGAAAGGAUGAUCUGAAGUACAGGGGUCCGGGUCCGAAACAAAAUGCAUACAGAAGGACAUACAAGUGCUGCAAACAAGGAUGGCGGGCCCUUAAGCACUUUAACAAAGCUGAAAGAAAAAUAACACCGAGGGGUCUUUCUCGGUGUGGGUGUCCCGCUCUUUUUCAGGUUGAGCUACAAGAUAGCAGUGGCCUCUGGUUCGUCAAGAAUUUUGUGGACAAGCAUAACCAUCUGUUUGACCCUGCUGACCUGACUCCGUACUUAUCGGCUCAUCGUAGAAUGACUGACGCACAAAAGGCUGAUGCCAUCGAGUAUGCUGUCGGUGGACUUCGAACACAUCAGAUUAUGAAUGCAAUGGAGAAGAA